CUCUUCGUCCCCCGCGAUGUGCGAUCUCGUCCUUCUCCUAAUUACAAUUGUUCAUAUAAUAGUCAGCACUCGCGUCUCCGCCGCAAAGGGCCGCAGAAGCUCCCUAUUCUUAGAACUCGCUCCUCUUCUCCACUUCUGUUUUAACGAAACGCCAAUCCGAUCUGAUCUUUGUUCGAUCUCUCUGCCCCGAAAUCGGUUCGGCAUCUGGCUCGAUCGGAUGCGACUGAAGGGAGAAGAAGGAGGCGGCGGCGGCGGAGAGUAGCUAAUGGGGGGAGGAGAGGAGGGGAUUGAGAUGCUGAUGACGGUGCGAGAGUUGUCGGCGAAUGGCCGAUCGGUGAACGCGUCGGAGAUCGAGGCGAUGCUUGAUGAGGGCAAAAUCGAGGAUGCAGAGUCCUUGCUCCGCGAGAGCCUUGCACUCAAUUUCGAGGAGGCAAGGGCCCUUAUUGGGAGGCUCGAAUACCAGAGAGGCAACAUAGAAGCAGCACUUAGAGUAUUUUAUGGAAUAGAUCUUGGAGCUGCGAUAGAGCGCCUGCAACAUUCUUUAUCUGAGAAGCUUUCCUCAAGGAGAGCUCGUUCUCGUGGUGAAUCAUUGCACAUGAAUUCGCAGACUGGUACCAUUCUUGUUCUUGAAGCAAUAUAUUUGAAAGCUGCGUCUCUGCAAAAGAUUGGCAAAGCCAAUGAUGCUGCUCAGGAAUGUAAUUAUUUACUUGAUGCUGUGGAGAAGAUGUUUCAGAAUGGUGCUCCUGAACUUUUGGCUGACAUUAAGUUGCAAGAAACCAUUAGUAAGGCUGUAGAGCUACUUCCAGAACUAUGGAAACAAGCUGGAAAGAUUAAAGAGUCUCUCGCCGCUUACCGGCGAGCUCUUCUUAAUCAAUGGAAUCUGGAUGAUGAGAGCUGUGCAAGGAUACAAAAAAGAUUUGUAGUACUACUGUUAUAUGGUGGGGUAGAAGCCGGUCCUGCAAGCUUGGUUACACAAAAUGAUGGUAUGUUCAUACCGGAGAAUAAUACUGAAGAGGCCAUUUUACUUUUAUUGAUGCUAUUAAGGAAAUGGCACCUUGGCAAGAUCCAAAAGGAUCCUUCUGUGAUGGAGCAUCUUACUUAUGCACUCUGUAUAUGUGAUCAAACUUCUUUGCUAGCAAAACUGUUUGAAGAACUUGAACCUGGAACAUAUCUUCGCAGCGAUAGAUGGACUACUUUGGCUUUUUGUUAUAGUGGAGCUGGACAGGGCAUGGCUGCCUUGAAUUUGUUGAGGAAGAUCAUAAACAAGCAUGAAAGACCAAAUGACAUUUUGGCAUUAUUAUUAGCUGCUAAGAUUUGCAGCAAGGAUUGCCUUCUUGCUUCCGAGGGGGUAGGAUAUGCACGGAGGGCUGUAGAAAAUGCACAGGGAGUUAAUGCGCAUCUAAAAAGUGGAGCUCUUCAUUUUCAAGGGAUUUGUUUCAGCAAACAAGCCAAAGGUGCUUCCUCAGAUCUUGAAAGAUCAAGUUUGCAAGCGGAAGCCUUGAAGUCUUUAGAAGAGGCAAUUGUUUAUGACCGAAAUAAUCCUGAUCUUAUAUAUGACCUUGGCCUUGAAUAUGCAGAACACCAUAAUAUGAAUGCUGCAUUGAAAUGUGCAAAGGAGUUCAUUGAUGCUACAGGUGGAUCGAUACCGCAAGGAUGGCGAUUGCUUGCAUUGAUUUUAUCUGCGCAGCAACGGUACACAGAAGCUGAAGUUGUCAUAGAUGCAGCAUUGGACGAGACUGCAAAGUUGGAGCAAUUGCAGUUACUUGGAAUAAAAGCAAAACUAAAAGUUGCUCAAUCUUUGCAUUUGGAUGCAGUAGAAACAUACCGAAUCCUGCUUGCUCUUAUUCAAUCCGAAAGAAAGUCAUCUGGACCACCCACAACUAGUUCUCAGAUUGUUGAUUAUAAGUCCAACGAAUUUGAGAUCUGGCAAGGUCUCGCAAAUCUGUACUCUAAACUUUCUCACUGGAAGGACGCUGAAAUAUGCUUAGAGAAGGCCAGGGAAUUGCAGCCUUAUUCUGCUUCUCCACUACUAACUGAAGGUUGCAUGUAUGAAGCACUUGGUGAGGCAAAUCUAGCAAUGGCAGCCUACAGCAAUGCUCUACAAAUUGAUGGUAGCCAUGCAUCUUGCAAGGUAGCAAUUGGUGCUCUUCUAUGGAAGUCUGGCUCCAAAUCACUUGCUGCAGCAAGAUCAUUCCUUUCUGAUGCUUUGAGGCUCGAACCGACUCAUCGUAUGGCCUGGUAUUACUUAGGCAUGGUCCAUAAGCAUGAUGAGAGAUUCAGUGAUGCUGCAGAUUGCUUCCAGGCGGCUUCAUUGCUAGAACAAUCUGAACCUGUUGAGAGCUUCAGUUCUCUUUCAUAAGCCAUAUAGUUUCUGGCUAAUCUAUUUAUUUACUUUAUAUCAAUGAAAUCAAUAUUUUUUUAACUA